GCGAUUCUUGAGUGUGAUCUGAUGCUACAUCUACUGAAAGACCACACGGUACUAUCAAAUAGAGUCGUAAGCAUUUUCUCCAAGUGUAGUAACCACAUUGGGUAAAGAUUCCUAUUUAAAUCACUCUCUAUGUUCUCUUUGGCUUCACCAACAUUCCGACAAAAAAAAAGAUCACUAGAAAAACGCUCAUUAUGACGGUCAACGAGGAAAACACUGUUCCGACAAGAACACAUGUCUUGAUUUUCCCAUUUCCAGCGCAAGGCCACAUGAUUCCCCUCCUCGACUUCACCCACCGCCUCGCUCUCCGCGGCGGCGCCGCCUUGAUCACCGUCUUAGUCACUCCAAAGAACCUUCCUUUCCUCUCACCUCUCCUCUCCGCCGGACUCAACAUCGAAGCUCUCACCCUCCCGUUCCCCUCCCACCCUUCCAUCCCCUCCGGCGUCGAGAACGUCCAAGACCUCCCUCCUUCCGGCUUCCCCACCAUGAUCCACGCGCUCGGUGGUCUCCACGCGCCGCUUCUCUCAUGGAUCGCUUCUCACCCUUCCCCUCCUGUAGCCGUCGUCUCCGACUUCUUCCUUGGAUGGACUCAACACCUCGGGAUCCCUCGCGUCGAGUUCUCUCCUUCCGCCGCCGUCACUUGCUCCAUCCUCAACACUCUUUGGAUCGAGAUGCCCACCAUCGGAGACGACGAUGAGAUACUCGAGUUUCCGAAGAUCCCGAACCGUUGGAGAUACCCUUGGUCUCAGAUCUCCUCGAUCUACUUAAGUUACGUCCAUGGAGAUCCGGGUUGGGAGUUCGUGAGAGACUCGUUCAGAGACAACGCGGCGAGUUGGGGACUCGUCGUGAACUCUUUCUCAGACAUGGAAAGUGUUUAUCUCGAGCACCUUAAGAAAGAGAUGGGCCAUGAUCGUGUAUGGGCCGUAGGGCCAGUUCUUCCUGUGUCAGAGGGAAAUCGUGGUGGUCCCACAUCUGUAUCUGUUGAUCACGUGAUGUCGUGGCUAGACGCACGUGAGGAUAAUCACGUGGUUUACGUGUGCUUCGGAAGUCAAGUUCUGUUGACUAAAGAGCAGACUCUUGCUCUCGCUUCUGCGCUUGAGAAGAGCGGCGUGCAUUUCGUGUGGGCUGUCAAGGAGCCAGCGGAGAGAGACUCAACACGCGGCAACAUCCUGGAGGGUUUCGAAGAUCGUGUGGCUGGGAGGGGUCUGGUGAUCAGAGGAUGGGCCCCACAAGUGGCUGUGCUACAGCACAGAGCCGUGGGAGCGUUUCUAACGCAUUGCGGUUGGAACUCCGUGGUGGAGGCGGUUGUCGCGGGCGUUCUGAUGCUGACGUGGCCGAUGCGAGCGGACCAGUAUACAGACGCGACUCUGGUGGUGGACGAGUUGAAAGUGGGCGUGCGUGCCUGUGAAGGACCAGAUACCGUGCCUGACCCGGAUGAGUUAGCUAGAGUUUUUGUUGAUUCCGUCACGGGGAAGGAAACGGAGAGGAUCCGAGCCAUGAAGCUGAGGGAAGCAGCGUUGGAUGCGAUCCAGGAACGUGGAAGCUCGGUUAAGGAUAUAGAUGGAUUCAUCCAACAUAUCGUUAGCUUAGGGCAGAAGAAAUGAUGCAAUUCUAUGUUACUGUACUCUGUUUAAUUGUUGUAAGAUGAAAAAAAUACAGUAUGUGUUUCUCAUAUCUGGCAUUUCUGAAUAUAUUUUGAUAUGUUGCCAAAAAAGAGAAUAUAUUUUGAUAUUUGUAACUGAAUCUAAGCUAAAUCAAAACAUCCAAAAUUUAUAUACGA